CCGGAGCUUUUGCUCAUCUCAUGUUCAUGUCGUCAGGAACAGCAUUCAGAUACAGAUAUUAGCAUAUCCGCGGAACAUACAAUUGGCAGUUGAAACCCAUUCGGAAUCAUUGACUUUCCCAUCCCUACUAUAACCUAGGUAGACCUUGUCUGACUAAUUCCCCUGGGCUGGACUACCCAAACCUCGGACAACGAAGAAUACACAUACAACGUUGCCACUGUAACCACCUCCAGGUUAACCUCGUAUGUAUACCGGUAUAGUCAAGUGUCGAGAAGCAACCACUUCCUACUCCAACUAUUGCCCUUGAUGCGCUCAUUGAAACCCGCAGCCCGCUGUCUUGCUGUCGCUCAACAUCUGAAAAGCAUCCCAUACGCAAACCAACCCUUCUCGGCUUUCUUCAGCACCACCAACAACAUCAUGGCCUUAAACGGCACCCCCACCGAGAACGGGACACACCCCCUCUCAUCCGAAGGCACAACAUUAUCCGCCCUCCCCAAAUCAUGGCACUUCACUGCCUCUCUCCCACCAGAUGCCGCCUUCCCUACACCAGCUGACAGCCACAAGGCUGAUCGCGAUGACCUCGGUCCUCGCCAGGUGAAGAAUGCCAUCUUCACAUGGGUUCGUCCCGAGAAGCAACAAGACCCCGAGCUUCUCGCCGUCUCUCCAGCUGCCAUGCGCGAUCUCGGUCUCGCACUGUCGGAAGCAGACACGGAAGAAUUUCGCGAAGUAGCAGUAGGCAACAAGAUCAUCGGCUGGGAUGAAGAGAUGCUUUCCGGCCCCGGUUACCCCUGGGCUCAAUGUUACGGAGGCUUCCAGUUCGGUCAAUGGGCAGGUCAACUCGGUGACGGGCGCGCCAUCUCCUUGUUCGAAGGAACCAACCCGUCCACAGGUGUCCGGUAUGAGAUUCAGCUCAAGGGGGCCGGCAUGACGCCUUACAGCCGCUUUGCAGACGGCAAGGCCGUUCUCCGUUCUAGCAUCCGCGAGUUUGUCGUCAGCGAAGCUCUCCAUGCCCUCGGGAUUCCCAGCACCCGCGCGCUAGCCAUCAGCCUGCUCCCGCACUCGCGCGUGCGGCGUGAGACCAUGGAGCCCGGCGCCAUCGUGGUUCGCAUGGCCCAGAGCUGGCUGCGCUUCGGCAACUUCGACAUCCUCCGCGCGCGCGGCGACCGCAAGCUCGUCCGUCAACUAGCCACCUACAUCGGCGAGGAGGUAUUCGGCGGGUGGGACAAGCUUCCCGGGCGGCUGGCUGAUCCGGAAGGUGCGCCCGGCGACGAACCUCCCCGGGGAAUUCCCAAAGAAACCAUUGAAGGCCCUCCCGGAGCCGAAGAAAACCGGUUCCACCGACUCUACCGCGAAAUCAUCCGGCGCAACGCCCUGACUGUCGCCAAGUGGCAAAUCUACGGCUUCAUGAACGGCGUGCUCAACACGGACAACACCUCCAUUUUUGGGCUUUCCAUCGACUUCGGCCCCUUCGCCUUCAUGGACAACUUCGACCCCAACUACACGCCCAACCACGACGACUUUGCUUUACGCUACAGCUAUCGCAACCAAGCGACCAUCAUCUGGUGGAACCUGGUCCGACUAGGCGAAGCCCUGGGCGAACUAAUCGGCGCCGGUCCCGACGUCGAUUCGGAGUCUUUCAUCACAAACGGACUCAACUUCGACGACGACGCCGCUUCGAAACCCAUCGAGGAGCGUGCCCACAAGCUCAUCACCCAGGCGGGCGAGGAGUUCAAGGCCGUGUUCAUGGCCGAGUUCAAGCGGCUGUUUACGGCGCGCCUCGGGCUAAAGACCUACAAGGAAUCCGACUUUGACGCCCUCUUCGACUCCCUCCUCAACACCAUGGAAGCCCUCGAGCUCGAUUACAACCUCUUCUUCCGGCGGCUCAGCACACUUAAAACCGCUGACCUACAAACCGAAGAAACCCGCCAAAAGGCUGCUGCCGAGGUCUUCUUCUCUCAGGUUGACGGCGUGCCCGGACAUGGAACCGACCAAGAAAAGGCGCGCAAGCGCGUGGGCGAGUGGUUGGAUAAGUGGCGGCAGCGGAUCGAGGAGGAUUGGUCGUCCGCAGCUGACUCGGAGGAGCGUGUGGCCGCGAUGAAAAAGGUCAACCCUAGCUUUAUCCCGCGGGGGUGGAUUCUGGACGAGGUGAUUCGCCGCGUGGAGAAGGAGGGCGAGCGGGACGUGCUCAAGAGGGUGUUGCACAUGGCUACACAUCCGUUUGAGGAUGCCUGGACUGGUAAGGAGUUUGAGGAUGGACCGACUGGGAAGGGUGUUUAUCAAGGCGAUAAGGCGGAGGAGGAGAGGUGGACGGGGGAUGUGCCGCAGCAGAAGAAGGCUAUGCAGUGCAGUUGUAGCUCGUAAGGGCGGUGCUCGAAACUAGAUGUGAUGGAGUCUGUUUGGUGCUGAGAGAUAUCCCUUUCUUAUUCUAGUAUUAUUAGCGAAGCCUUUAUUGAUGACAAGUCAAAAUUGCACCGGUUUAGUAGA